AUGCCAUCACUCAAAGUCAUUCUCAAACAAGCCAACAACUUGCCAGCCAAAGACUCGACAGGGACUUCCGACCCGUUAGUGGUUUGCACAUUGAAUGGAAAAACUCUCUUUAAAACAGAGCCUAUCAUGAUGACACUCAACCCCGUAUGGGAUGGAAAUGCUAAAAUUAAACAUGAAUUUACUGUUGAAUUAAAAGAUAUUUAUCAUGAUCAAUUGAUCUUGGAAGUGAUGGACUACAACAUUUUUACGAAAAACAAACCCAUUGGUUCUACAGUGAUUCCGUUAGUAGCUCUUGAAAGGAGGCCACAAAUAGUAACCUAUUGUUUAUCGGAUUCCAAGAAUGGACCAGCUGGCACCAUCACUGUCUUGUUGGAGCCUUUAGAUUUUGGUUCCACCUACUCGAGUCAUUCCUCAUCAUCCUCAUCCUCAUCUGGAAAUCCUCAUUCUGGAAUGAUUCAGUCAUCAUCACCACUUCAAAAAUCAUCAUCAAUGAAUCAAUCCUUUCAUCAUGGAAGCUCUCCUCAGGGAUUUGUUCCACAAUCGCAUCAGACCUAUAAUACUAUGAGGUCACAGAGUGUUGUAUUGAAUACAUCUCCGAAUCAAGUUCAACAGAAUCAUGUGAUUCCAACAUUUGGAAAUAACAUUUUGAUGAAUCCGACGACGAGCUAUCCAAGUUCUUCACCUAAUGCCUUUUCCCAACCACAACCACAACAGCAACAACAAAUCCAACAACAAAUCCAACAACAGCAACAACAACAAUUACCACCUCUACCUCAACAAAAUCAGACCUAUCAUCGAACUCAGAGUUUUAUUCAACCCAACGUUGCAUCCGCCUAUUCUGGAGGAUCGCCUUCAACCAAUUCCUUCAAUAGUGUUUCUGUACAAUCAACAACAACAACCAAACGAGAUCCAAAACCUCUUCCUACGCUUCCUCCAAAAACAUCCAAUUCAACAACAGAUCAAAAUGCAACACAAAUGGAUUCUAAGAGAGUUAGCCCAAGACCAUUUAAUGGUGUUGUUGACGAUGUCUAUAUUGACUAUGUGAUUUCACAAUGUCCAAUUCCUUCUUCUCCAUUUUACUCUAAAAGUCAUUAA